GCCUCUGAUCGUCAUCAUGAAUUAUACAGGCUGAAGUGACGUCAUCGUGAACCCGACUCCUGCGAACACAAACGGGUUUCACAAGGCGAGCCAAAGCAGAGAUCUUUACGCGUGUCUGAGGCGGUUUUCGCACGCAGUUAGCAGCAGAUAUGCUCCGAGAACCGCGUCGCGUCACGAGCAGCAGGACUGAGGAUGAGAAAACUAAACAACAGCUCACUUUUGUUUGCGUCUCUAAGCGAGGAGCGACACAGUAACGGACAGAGCCGAGCGCUGUAUGACGUAAGCAACAAACGACACACUGUAACAUUACAAACAGCUUUUGAUCUUCAAAUGCGCGCCGAUGAAUGUGGAUGAAGAUCUGACUGCAGUAAAAUGUCCUGCAGCAGCACGGACCUCUCAUGCGUCCCGGGUCAGGAGCCUGUGCUGACGGUGCACCUGCUGACCGACCCCGGUGCGUCUCUGCUCCUCCAGCACACUCUGGACCGCCUGCUCAAGAGGGUCCGUCCCGGCCUGCGCCUCUUCCAUGUGUCCGAGCGGGCCUGUCCUGUACACGCCCAGCGGCCCGCGGCCGGACACCCCUCACACGCCGUCACCAUAUUCCUACACGAGUGCUACGGAGAGGAGCGUAUUCUCCGAGUGCUGGACUUCCUGCAGCGUCCGCCGUGGCAGUAUCACCAUACGGAGAGCUGCGGUGCUGGAGAGCCCAGGGGUCACCCUAGUGUCCCGUCCAGCGCCCUACUGAGGCCUUAUCUCCUGCCCAGCCGGGACUUCUACAGCCUGGGUGUGGGGAUGCCGGUGUGGGGCGUCCGGCCGGUGCACUACGGAGGGGAGGUGGUGCGGGUGACUUUACACAGCUCCUAUGAUAACUUCGAGGACACGGUGCGUUUAUAUGAGACGGUGCUGCAGAGGAGGGUGGAGGAGCAGAAGACGGGCUUCUGCUGGUUCACGCUGCUCACAGAAGCAGGGUUCAGUCUGCAGCUGGCCAUCAAGCAGCUCUCGCCCGGGGUGCGGCCGGAGCCGUGUUCCUCCACCGUGCUGCAGUUCAGGGUGGGGGAGAUCGGACAGCUCGUGCCCUUACUGCCCAACACCUGCUCGCCCAUCAGCGCCAGCCGAUGGCACACCGAAGACCUGGACCGCAACAAGAUCCUCUUCCAGGUUAAAGCUCCAGCACAAGCCCAAGGCUUCCUGAGGUCUGCGUUUCCUCUGAGCUGUCCCAGGAUGCUGCUGAGGAGCUGUGGAGCUGCCAGACCCCCUUCCACCGCUCCCUGCAGGAGGACGUCCCAUCUGAAGGAGCAGGCCGAGGACCGCUGUCCCCGCGGCGUGGGGUCAGGCAGAGAGAGCGCCAGCUCAGACAACACCCGCAGCUCUCCUCCGGGGUCCUCCUGUUACUCGUCCCUGCGCAGCAGCCCCGCAGGCCUGUCUGUCAACUGGUAUGAGCCAGCGCUCACCUCCGAAACCUCCCUGUCACGCCUCCGGCUGGAAGAGGAGGAGCCGGAGACGGAUGUGGACACAGGCUGUGCUGUGAAGCUGCAGGCCGCUGUAGGAGCGUCUGCUCUGCUGAGACACGGUCUGGAUGAGCCUGACGAGAGCGUGAAGAGUGUCCUAGCAGAGACACAAGACGAGUUCUUCAUCUGACUCUUCAUUCAGAAUGAGACACACCAAUGAGUGUUUUUGGAUAGUCUUUUAGUGACUUUGGUAUUGUCUGAUGAUGCAGCAUUUGGAAUGAACUUUCUGUUUAAAGUAUUUCUCUUGAACACCUACAGAAAUAGAAGUUAUGCUAGAACUGUAUUCUGAGCACACAUCUUCUUACAGUGUAGCAUGAGCCAAAUGAUUAAUAUGUUACACAGUACAUUUUAAACAGGCAAAGAUAAUGAGUGCAGUUGAUGAAUACUAGUAAACCCGAUGUAUAUGUUAUUCCAGACACAACCAGUGGGUCUGGUUCAAAUCAAAUUGACAUGUCUAAAAACAAAACAGGUCAAAUAUGCAAAUCAGAUGUUGAUUUGAUGUAAAUUGAACAUCAAACAUAUUUCAGUGUAGGAUUAACAUCCUAUUUGCACCCAAAUACCACUGGAACAAUUUGACUUUAAAACUGAAUUAAAAAUGAUGUUACUGCAUCU